CUACGGUCAGCAAUACUGUUUUGUUUUGGGGUACGAAACUAAGCAGAAAAUCCUCGUUUAUUAAAUAAACUAAUUUGAAUUGUAUAUCAUGGGUCGGAGUAGAAGCAGGUCACCAAUGAGAAGAGAGAGACGUCGAUCACAUUCCAGAGAAAGAGACAGGGAAAGGCGACAACAAAGACGAAAGAGUCGUUCGAGAUCAAGGUCACCAAGACGGCGAAGGAGGUCAAGAUCUCGGUCCCCAAGAAGAAGAAGGUCUCGUUCUAACAGCCCAAGAAGAGCCACAAGCCGCUCCAAAUCACCGGGAGGCAAACCGGGGUCCAGCAAAGCAGAGGCACCGAGGCCAGCUGUUGUCUUUGAAGAGUCUGAGCUUGAAGGCAAAACUGAGGAAGAAAUUGAAAUGAUGAAAAUAAUGGGCUUUGCAAAUUUCGACACAACAAAGGGGAAGCAUGUACCAGGCUCCAAUAAUGCAUCUCACAUUGCUAUUCAACCCAAGAGAAAGUAUAGGCAAUACAUGAACAGACGUGGCGGCUUCAACAGACCACUGGACUUCAUUGCAUAACACCUGCCUACUUAUCACUGCACCAUCUUGACCCCCAUUUCACACUAGCUGAAGUUCCCCUUGAAAUGCCUGGGGGAUUCCUGGGGAAGUUGCUAACAUUUGUAGUUAAUGGAUGGAGUGUUCUGCCCUUGUGCAACAGACUAAAACUCUGAUAUUGUCUCAGAGUGUGGGUUCAGGAGUCAAUUUCAAGAAGCUGUGAGAUUCAUCCGAAGAUGAUUUAACCUGUCGCCAUGGCAAUUUGUAUUGUGACGUCAUUAUUUUUAGAAGCUUGUAUAAAGAUUACUUUGUUGGCUAAGAUAACUUCUUAGUGCUUUUUUAAAAUCGAGUCAAGGCAUUUAUUUCCUUUAAAGGCACUGGACACCUUUGCUAAUUGUCAAAGACCAGUCAUCGCACUUGGUGUAUCUCAACA